AUGUCUCUAAUCAACGAUGAUGGAUGUGACCUUGCAAGUGAUAUCGAUGGAAUGAUUCAAGUUGUGUCUGAUGAGCACUCCGCCACAUCACUCAUCCUUGCCAAUUUGGUAGCCCGACGGAUGCGCGAAUUCCAGGAUAACGGAGACGAUUUCACCGGCCCUGAUACUGCACCACCAGAUCUCCUAGAAAGUCUUAGCUCAGAAAAUAUCGACGAUGUGAGCCACGAGUCCUUGCAAGAUAUAGCCUAUUCCAUGGAUCUCACGACCAUGCCUAACGACUUGUUGCUUCUGGUUCUCUCUAUGCUGCUGCAUGUUGAUACAAGACUUCCAAUCCCGGAGGACCUUCAUGCUCUGCAUGAAUUUGCCGAAGCAUCGUUAAUGCACCGAAAGCAUGUGGAAACAUGGUUGAGAUCUGAGCCGGCUCAAGGCACACUUGAACAAGUGUUCAAGCCAUGGAUGAACUACUACGGCUUCAAACCUGCCUACCAAUGCAGAGAGGAUAUUGCGGCCUAUAAAGCUAGUCGUGGUGGUGCUGGAUUUAACUAUGGGUAUGAGUUCGUGAAAGAAUGUCAAUGUACAAGCUGCCUCGCACUUCUCGGGAAUCUUGGGUUGGUCGAUUACAGGAACUACGACCAAAAUGGGAGGAGCUUUUUCCAUGCAGUAAUUGAGGGCGGAGACGCCGAAAGUGUGAUGUUCAUUGUCGCUAUCUUGCUGGAAGGAGGCUUAGAUCCUCGGCACUUUCCCACGUCUAUCGAUGGGAUGUCUAUUCCCCACCAUGUCGCUUUGAUGCACGACAAUGAUAUCUUUAGGGGUGUCGUGGAGUUUCUAGAGGAAGCCGGCUACCCUCUAUCUGUGUGGAACGAUGAUGGCCUCAAGCUCGAAUUGUGCAGCUUCAUCACGGCCGAAAUGGCCGAACAGCUCCUGUCGAAAGGAUUCAAUAUUACCAAGCUCCCCAGAAAUACACUUCCAAUGUAUCUGCCCGAGCAGAACGAUGAGUCAUCGUCAGAUGAGGAGCUGAACCGCGAUGCAGAAUAUGGCGAUCCGAUCAUCAGGGACGAAGAAUUCGACCCCGAAAAUGACACGCUUGACCCAGCAUCGAUUCAAUAUGAUCCUGUUGGGAUCAAUCCCAUCGAACUUGAUCCUACCUCUCGCACCAUUUGGCACAGGGCAAUCGAGAACCCCGAAGGUCCACGAAUCCUUGACUGGCUGUUGGAUCACUCGUAUACCCAACCAGGGUGUCGGAACAACUUCGACCGAGACUCCGGUGAGACUGCUCUGGUAGCCGGCGCAAGAGGAGACGAGCCGGCUGGCAUUGAUUGGUUCUGUCAACACUGUGAUCCCAUGGCAGGGCGGGUCCGAAAUUCCCAGGACACCGAGGCAGAUGAGAGCAUAGGUGCUUAUGCGUUACAAGUAGCAGCUCACAACUUGCGGCCAAAUUGUGACAUCAUUUUCAAAAAGCUUUUGCGUCAUGUGAACGCCCAAUUUUACUGGGAUGUUUCUAUAGUCAAGGGUUUGUAUUGGUUGAUUAUCAAGAAUUAUCGAGAUAUGUACCAAAGGUUGGAAGAUCACAGCGAGCCAGGACGGGAGAGAGCUCAGCAAAUGGCUCUCCUGCGCGCUCUUACUUCAUCUAAAACGCGAGCGCUGAAUACUAGACUGGAGCCUUUCUGGGAUACCUGGGGGCCCUCUGAACAGCGAAAUUGGCUCAUUCAGUACUGUACGAUUCUUAGAUUGAACUUCCUUGUGAAAGAUUUAUGUGCAGAUGAUUAG